AUGGCAGCCAACAUUCGACGCCUUUUAACGACGAUAUUACAACUAUUUUUCGUGCUGCUUUUCUUAUUCUAUUUAAUAAUAAACACGAUCGUUGAUGUGGCUCGAUCAAAACUAGUUUAUACGACACUGACAUUCGAGACAGCGACGGGAUUACCACCGCCAGCUUUCACUCUUUGUAGUGACGAUGUAAAGUAUCAAUUUCAGUGUACGCUUUACGGAAAUACGACAAAUGGUUGCCCUGAUUUGGUGACUAAUGUUGACGUGUCAGCAAAUGCUGAUUAUAAUAAUUGGUUUACUAAUUGUUACGUAUUUCAAACUACUCAACCAUUACUUAAACAAACACCGCCUUCACCACCGAAACAAUGGACGGCAUUUCAAUCACCAUUUUACAUCAAAUACCAACUAAACGCAUCAACCAUAUCGAAAAUGAAUUUAAUGAUAUGGAAUCCAUAUGAUUUAACAAAUAAUAAAUCGUUAUCGCAACUGCAAAUUCUCAAUCCAUAUGAGAUAUCUCAAUUCGAUGCGUGUAAAGAACGUGUAUAUACAUUCAACUGGCAAAAACACGUGUUUCUAAACGGCACCGAAAAGUGGGAUGUAGAUUGGCGCGCAGAAGUUGGUGUCGCUUCGAAUGCAUUCGGAACAAAUAGUUCGGCCAUUGGCGUAAUUCACUUUAAACCGGGGUCUUUUGAAGUGCCAACAACACGUGAAUACACUUCUUUCCCGUUUAUCUCAAUUCUCACGGGAUUUUUGGUGUUAUUGGCCGCGUUAUAUUCCACAUACUACGCUGUGAUUGGUGGACGUGGAAAAUAUCGUACUUGGGGUUGUGUUCAUAUGAUCACUAGAUAUUUCCCGCAAAGACACUUAAUCCCGCCUGAAGAUCCUAAUCAAGUCAAACCGACUGCUGAUGAUAUUCUUUGGGCGUAUUUGGAUGGUUUAGAUAAAGCGGAAUUCGACAAAAAAUGA